AUGGAAAUUAGAUUCCGCACACUCUUUGCGAGAAACGGCAUCCCAUGCUACUUGCUAGAUGAGUAUCGAACGUCCUCCGUGUGCCCAGACUGCCACGGGCGUGUGAAGAAAAACAUCCGACGGCGGCUGUCAUCUCGGCCAUGGCAAGCUAGAAAGGGAAGAAUGGAAUACGUCCAUGGAUUGGUGGGUUGCCCCAACCCCGAAUGUAUCAACCAAGACUGGACGCCAUUUGAGAUUGCUGGAAGACGACCACUACGGAUGAAAGUGCACAAUCGGGACGUCCUGAGCACCAAGAAUUUCCUCUCGAUUGUGCGUUCGGUGGUGUUUGGCAAUGGCCGCAGACCAGACGCAUUCUCCCGUAACCGUAGGUAG